CCAGAGAACUGGGAGGACCAGAGCGAGCGCCUGAUGGUGUCGGACGCCAACAUCGCUGCGGUGUUGGACCUGCGCGCCGCCACCACCUACCACUUCAGGAUCAUCGCUAAGAACGAGAUAGGGCACAGUGAACCAUCACACACCGUCACCAUCAUCACGGCCGAGGAGGCGCCCAGCGGUCCCCCCCGCGACGUGCGGGCGGAGUACGUGGACCAACACAGCCUCAAGAUUACGUGGAAGCCUCCACGCAACGAGGAGUGGAACGGCGCCAUACAGGGGUACCAGGUACGUGGUACCAGGGUACCAGGGGUACCAGACGAGACGACCAUCGUGGCCAAGAACACGCAGGGCACCGACACGCACCUGCACGGCCUCGACAAGUACACCAACUACACGCUGCAGGUGGGUCAGUGGGCUGUAGGUGGGUCAGUGAGCCCUGCAGAUGGGUGCGUGUACACGGAGUACGGUGUGGUGGUGUCUGCCUUCAACAAGAUGGGGUCUGGGCCCAAGUCUGCCAUGGUGCGGGCCUACACCAAGGAGGGUAGACCCCAGCAGCCUCCCCAGGUGAGGGGAAAGGGAUAUGAGGACGAGACGACCAUCGUGGCCAAGAACACGCAGGGCACCGACACGCACCUGCACGGCCUCGACAAGUACACCAACUACACGCUGCAGGUUCUGGCCUACACUAACGGGGGCGACGGGGUCAAGAGCCCCCCCACCCACUGCCACACUGACCAGGACAUCCCCGAGGCGCCCACUUCAGUGAAGGCGCUGGUCACGUCCGCCGAGAGCAUCCUUGUGUCCUGGCAGGAACCCGCGCGUCCUAACGGCGUCAUCACCCAGUACACCGUGUACCACAAGCGCCAUGGUACCACGGACCAGGAGGCCACGGUGCACCGGCUGUCCCCCACACAACUCACGUUCGAGGCUAAGAAUCUGGACCGCCAGCAUGCCUACGUGUUCUGGGUGACCGCCUCCACCCUCGUGGGGGAAGGCGACAAGAGCCAGAGUGUGCACCUCAAGCCUUCGGAUAAGGGUGGGUGGAGCGUGCAGGGGAAGCCGUUCAGGGAGACGGACAGGAUGCGUAUGCUGCCGGAAGGAUCGCUCCUGAUCCGCGAGGUGGCGCGCGGGGACGGCGGCGAGUAUACGUGUAUGGUAGAGAACGCGUACGGCAAGGAUACGGUCACCCACACCCUACUUAUCCAGGCGCCCCCCCACGCCCCCGAGAUCGAGAUCGUCUCGAGCGCGACCGACAAGAUCGAAGUGAAGCUCAAGCCCUCGACGGUGGACGAGACCGCGCCCAUACACGGCUACACGCUACACUACAAGCCAGAGUUCUCUGACUGGGAGACAGUGCAGGUACCAGCGGCCGCGCGUACCUACACGCUGGAGAACCUGUGGUGCGGGUCGCGGUACCAGAUCAAGGCGUCGGCGUACAACAAGAUAGGCACGGGGGAGCCCUCGGAGGUACUCAGCACCCGCACGCGGGGGGGCAAGCCCGUGGUCCCCGACGUGGGGAGGUUCGUGGAGGUGGCGGCCACGUCCGUGUCCCUGCACCUCAACGCCUGGGGCGACGGCGGCUGCCCCAUCAACUACUUCGUCGUCGAGUACAAGCCCAACCCCCAUGUCCCCCCAGGUACCAUAGCCCCCGCGCGGGAGGUGCCGCCCUACGGGUCGGGGUCGCUGCCCCUCUACCUCAACCUGAACCUGAUCGUGCCUAUCGUGUCUGCCAUCGUGGUCAUCGUGCUGGCCAUCGUCAUCAUCUGCUACAUCAAGGGCAGGAGCUCCCCCAUCAAGGAGGAGGUGUACCAGCAGUACCAGUACAACGCCAGCAUGGUACCCCCAUCUACCAUGGACAAGCGCCCCCCGGGGGCGUUCGCGGGGGAGCUGGGGUACAUACCGCCCCCCAACCGCAAGCUGCCCCCCGUCCCCGGCAACAACUUCAACACCUGCGACCGCAUCAAGCGGGGCCCCGACGACGAAAUCUGCCCCUACGCGACCUUCCACCUUCUGGGCUUCCGUGAGGAGGCCAACGGGGCCCCUGGGGCCUCAGACGCCCCCUCCAACUUCCAGACCUUCCCCCACCCCACCAACGGGGGAGCUUGUGGGGCCGCGGCCUCGGCCCAGACCAUGCCCCGCCCCCAGCCCCCCCAGGAGGAUACUUACUACUCUUGCGUCGCUGGCGACUACACCUGCGGCCAUUCCAGCCACGGCGGCACCCACCAGGCGCGCCACGGCUCCGGUAACUACUACUCGUGCGUGAGCGGCGACUACGCCAACGGCGGCCGCCCCCCCAGCUCGACGUACUACUCGACCGUACCCGGUGACCUCAGCCAGAGUACGAGCGGGGCGGGGUCAAUGGGUCCACAGGGCUCAAUGGGUGCGCAGGGGUCAAUGGGGUCGUCCCACUACUCAACCUACGAUGAACCCGCGCGCUCUGACGAGGACCCCACCUACGGGGGUUCAACCUACUCUGGCGGGGGUCCCUACGCCAGAGCUCUGGACUCUGUGUCCCAGAGUGGCACCGCUAAGCGUAUAAGCAACAUGGCGGGCCGCAACAGCCACCCCAACAUCCCCCCCAUGAACAUGCAACAACAACUUCAACAGUCGAACGUGAGCCAGUCCCCCGAGCCCCCCAGUGACCAUGACCUCAGGGGCCGCGGUCGCACCGAAGAGCUGCGGCGCCUGCUGGACGCAACUGAAGCAGCACCCGCAGCAAGGAUACAAAAUGGAGGCCUAAAGGUGCUCGCCUCCCCGGGGGUGAACGUUUGAGGGGGACUCCCCCUAACCCCCACUUAGGGGGAGGCUCCCCCUAAGUGGCCAAUAUUGGAGAGAAGAACAUCGCUGCUCCCCAGAUUCACCCCCUUUAUUCCCCCCGCUGGUCAACAUGUGUGGGGGA